AUGAUGAACAAGUGUCUUUUUGGCUACAUUGAUCGAUUCGUCCAGCUCUACCUAGAUGACAUUUUGGUGUAUUCUCCAACUGCUGAAUCGCAUCUGGAACACAUUCGUCUAGUUUUGGAAAGAUUUAGGCAGUUCAAGUUGUAUGCCAACCCAAAGAAAUGUAAGUUCAAUCAGCGUGAAGUGGAGUUCUUAGGCAUGAAGGUUUCGGCAAAAGGCAUUCUGCCUUCUGAUUCAAAGGUUAAAGCGAUCAAGGAUUGGCCUGUUCCCACUAAUGUGCAAGAGGUUCGUCAAUUUGUUGGUUUGGCUUCCCAUUACCGAAGGUUCAUCCGUCAAUUCUCGUCUGUGGCAGCCCCUCUAACUGAACUUACUAAGGGUACUGGUUCUAAACGUCGUGGCAUUGUCUGGAGUCAGGAGUGUCAAAAAGCUUUUGAUCGAUUGAAAUUCUUAUUGACUCAUGCUCCCUGUCUACAACCUCCUGAUGUGACUAAACCAUAUAUCAUUGAGACAGAUAGCUCUGACUUUGGUUGUGGUGCGGUACUUUUGCAAAAAGAUGACCAAGGCGUUUUACAUCCUUUGGCAUUCGAAUCUAAGAAAUUUUCUAUGGCUGAACGUAACUACCCUGCGCAAGAGAGGGAACUUCUUGGUGUUUUGCAUGCUUUGCGGGUCUGGCGAUGCUUCAUUGAUGGUGCUGACUACGUGGUAUAUACUGAUCAUAAUCCGUUACAGUAUCUAAGAUCGCAAUCUAAACCUACAGCUCGUUUGGUCCGUUGGUUAUCAGAAAUCGAGACUUACGCUCCUAAAAUAUUGUACAAACCUGGCAAAAUCAAUGAAGUCCCGGAUGCUCUUUCCCGUCGUGAUGGUGCUGACUGUGUGGCCGCUAAUACUAGUAUGGAACCUCGUUAUUUGUACUCUGUCGAGUCAAAUAUAAUGGUACAUCCGUCGGAUUGGCCAACUUUCUAUUUAACCAAACAGGAGUUAGUUCCCGAUUCGGUGAAAUCUCUACGCGAGUCCAACACUCACAGGUUUGUCAUCAAAAAUGAGAAGGUUUAUCGCAAGGUGAAAAUUGGUGAACGAGAGUUUGAAGCAAGGUUCUGUCCAUUCUCAAACCGUGCUACCUUGGUGAACAGAUUCCAUGAAGGGUUUGGUCAUGCUGGUCAAAGUACUGUGUUUGAACUUAUGCGCAAACGCUGGUGGUGGCCCAAGAUGCGAUCUGAUAUUCAAGGCUGGUUAUCUACUUGUAAGGAAUGUCAGUUGGCUUCUAGUUCUGGUAAAAAUAAGCAUCAUGCUCCAAUGGUUUCUCUGGAUAUUCCUCCCGCUUUUGGUCGCUGGCACUUGGAUUUUGUUGGUGAGUUACCUCUGACAGCUCAAGGUAACAGAUGGCUUCUUACUGCGGUUGAUUACACUACGAAUUGGCCUAUUGCUCGUGCGGUACCGGAAGCCACAGCAGAAGCCGUUGCUGAUUUCAUCUAUGAGGAAAUCGUGAUGCGUUUUGGAUGCCCCCAGGAAAUCUUGACAGAUCGUGGUGCUAAUUUUAUGUCAAACGUGGUGAAACUCUACAUGCAUAGAGUCAAGGUUAAUCACAAGUUUACUUCUGCUUUCCACCCUAGAACUAAUGGUAAAUGCGAACGUCUCAAUGGUAUUCUCAAGGCUAUGUUAAGAAAAUACGUUAACGGUGCUAUUUUUAUGUGGGAUAAAUUUGUUGACACGGCUCUCUUUGCUGCUCGGGUUCGUCAUCAUCGCUCUACUGGUUAUUCUCCUUUUUAUUUGGUAUAUGGUCGUGAACCACUGCUUCCUGGGGAUUAUACUCGUCCUUAUUUCGAUAAGUUGAUAGCAAAUGAUCCUAGAACUGUGGCUGAACAUACUGCUCGUGAAUUGGAAAGUCUUGGUCAAGUCCGUGCUGCUUCUGCUCAUCGUAUGAAAAUGGUCUCUGAAUCCGACAAAGAACGUUGGGAUGCGGCUAUUGAGAAGCUUGAAUUUGAAGUUGGUGAUCAUGUCCUGCUUAGAAACGAACAGAAAUACGGUCUUGAAUACAAUUGGAUGGGUCCCUUCAUUGUCGUUGAUAAAAACUCGGAAAGCCAUGUCUACAAGUUGGUUACGAUUGGUGGUGAACCUUACUCGUCUUGGGUACAUUUUGACCGUUUAAAAGGUGUUAAGGCUGAAUCCAUUGAUACUCCUUGGUACAACCCCACUGUGUCUCGUGCUGCUUGGCGUGAAGAAAUGGGUCUCAAUUCUAGUAAUCAGGCUGUAUCUUGUACUUCUAGUUUCUCUGGUACUUCUGGCUCUGUCGAUCAAGUUGAUCAGAGUCGAUCAACAAUCUCGGGGGGGAAUGAUGUCGUGUCUAAAUUUAGGUUUAAGCCAAAUUUGAAGAAAGCGACUAAAAGGCGCCAGCGUAUACUCGAAGGUUCUGGAAACUGA